AGGAGGGAGGAGGGAGGAGGAAGGGUCGCGGCCGGCCGCCAUGGGGCCGGGGCCCCGGGGCCGCCGCCGCCGUCGCCUGAUGUCGCCGCCGCCACCCCUGCCGUCCGUGCGGACGCUGCCCUUAUUGCUACUGCUAGCGGGGCCGGGGGCUGCAGCGCCCUCUUGCCUGGAUGGAAGCCCGUGUGCGAAUGGAGGUCGCUGCACCCAGCUGCCCUCCCGGGAGGCUGCCUGCCUGUGCCCACCAGGCUGGGUGGGUGAACGGUGUCAGCUGGAAGACCCCUGCCAUUCCGGCCCCUGUGCUGGCCAUGGUGUCUGCCAGAGCUCGGUAGUGGCAGGCACCGCCCGGUUCUCCUGCCGCUGCCCCCGUGGCUUCCGAGGCCCAGACUGCUCCCUGCCAGACCCCUGCCUCAGCAGCCCCUGUGCCCAUGGUGCCCGCUGCUCCGUGGGGUCCGAUGGCCGCUACGUCUGCUCCUGCCCACCUGGCUACCAGGGCCGCAGCUGCCGAAGCGACGUGGAUGAGUGCCGGAUGGGCGGACCCUGCCGCCAUGAUGGCAUCUGUCUCAACACACCUGGCUCCUUCCGCUGCCAGUGCCCAGCUGGCUACACAGGGCCACUGUGUGAGAGCCCCUUGGUGGCCUGUGCCCCCUCGCCGUGCCGUAACGGGGGCACCUGUAGACAGAGUGGCGACCUCACCUAUGACUGUGCCUGCCUUCCUGGGUUCGAGGGCCAGAACUGUGAAGUGAAUGUGGACGACUGUCCAGGGCACCGAUGUCUAAAUGGGGGGACGUGUGUGGAUGGUGUCAACACCUACAACUGCCAGUGCCCUCCUGAGUGGACAGGCCAAUUCUGUACGGAGGACGUGGACGAGUGUCAGCUCCAGCCCAACGCUUGCCACAAUGGGGGUACUUGCUUCAACACGCUGGGUGGCCACAGCUGUGUGUGUGUCAAUGGCUGGACAGGCGAGAGCUGCAGUCAGAAUAUUGAUGACUGUGCCACGGCCGUGUGCUUCCAUGGGGCCACCUGCCAUGACCGUGUGGCCUCCUUCUACUGUGCCUGCCCCAUGGGCAAAACUGGACUUCUGUGUCAUCUGGAUGACGCCUGCGUCAGCAACCCCUGUCACGAGGAUGCUAUCUGCGACACGAACCCGGUGAACGGCAGGGCCAUCUGCACCUGUCCACCUGGCUUCACAGGCGGGGCGUGUGACCAGGAUGUGGAUGAGUGUUCCAUUGGUGCCAACCCUUGUGAGCACCUGGGCCGGUGCGUGAAUACACAGGGCUCAUUCCUGUGCCAGUGCGGCCGUGGCUACACUGGUCCGCGUUGCGAGACCGAUGUCAACGAGUGCCUCUCCGGCCCCUGCCGCAACCAGGCCACGUGCCUUGACCGUAUAGGCCAGUUUACCUGCAUCUGCAUGGCAGGCUUCACAGGCACUUAUUGUGAGGUGGACAUGGACGAGUGUCAGAGCAGCCCGUGUGUCAACGGCGGAGUCUGCAAGGACAGAGUCAAUGGCUUCAGCUGCACCUGCCCCUCGGGCUUCAGUGGGGCUAUGUGUCAGCUGGACGUGGAUGAAUGCGCCAGCACACCCUGCCGGAAUGGAGCCAAGUGCGUGGACCAGCCGGAUGGCUAUGAGUGCCGCUGCGCAGAGGGCUUCGAGGGCACGGUGUGUGAGCACAACGUGGAUGACUGCUCGCCAGACCCUUGCCACCAUGGGCGCUGUGUGGAUGGCAUCGCCAGUUUCUCGUGCGCCUGUGCCCCGGGCUACACCGGCACGCGCUGUGAAAGCCAGGUGGACGAGUGCCGAAGCCAACCCUGCCGCCACGGUGGCAAAUGCCUAGACCUGGUGGACAAAUACCUCUGCCGCUGCCCUCCCGGCACCACAGGUGUGAACUGCGAGGUGAACAUUGAUGAUUGUGCUAGCAACCCCUGCACCUUUGGAAUCUGCCGGGACAGCAUCAACCGCUAUGACUGUGUCUGCCAGCCUGGCUUCACAGGGCCUCUCUGCAACGUGGAGAUCAACGAGUGUGCGUCCAGCCCAUGCGGUGAGGGGGGCUCCUGCGUGGAUGGUGAAAAUGGCUUCCAAUGCCUCUGCCCACCUGGCUCCCUGCCCCCGCUCUGUCUUCCCCCAAGCCAUCCCUGCGCCCAAGAACCCUGCAGUCAUGGCGUCUGCCACGACGCGCCUGGAGGGUUCCGCUGCGUGUGUGAGCUUGGCUGGAGUGGCCCUCAGUGCAGUCAGAGCCUCGCUCGAGAUGCCUGCGAAUCCCAUCCCUGCUGGGCAGGCGGCACCUGCACCAGUGAUGGCACGGGCUUCCGCUGUACCUGUCCCCCUGGUGUCCAGGGCCGUCAGUGUGAGCUGCUGUCCCCCUGCACCCCAAAUCCCUGUGAACAUGGGGGCUACUGUGAGUCUGCCCCUGGCCAGCCGGCUGUCUGCUCCUGCCCCCCUGGUUGGCAAGGCUCACGAUGUCAGCAGGACGUGGAUGAAUGUGCUGGCCCCUCACCCUGUGGUCCCCAUGGUACCUGCGCCAACCUGGCAGGGAGUUUCAGCUGUACCUGCCACGAGGGCUAUAGUGGCUCUUCCUGUGAUCAGGACAUCGAUGACUGUGACCCCAAUCCCUGCCUGAAUGGUGGCUCAUGUCAGGAUGGAGUGGGCUCCUUUUCCUGCUCCUGCCUACCUGGCUUUGCUGGCCCCCGCUGCGCCCGAGAUGUGGAUGAGUGUCUGAGCAGCCCCUGCGGCCCAGGCACCUGCACAGACCACGUGGCCUCCUUCACCUGCACCUGCCCGCCAGGUUAUGGAGGCUUCCUCUGCGAGCAGGACCUACCUGACUGCAGCCCCAGCUCCUGCUUCAAUGGUGGGACCUGCGUGGAUGGUGUGAACUCGUUCAGCUGCCUGUGCCGCCUGGGCUACACUGGCACACACUGCCAACACGAGGCCGACCCUUGCCUCUCGCGACCCUGCUUGCACGGGGGCGUCUGCACUGCCGCUCACCCCGGCUUCCGCUGUGCCUGCCCUGAAGGCUUCACCGGCACGCAGUGCCAGACGCUGGUAGACUGGUGCAGCCGCAUACCUUGUCAGAAUGGGGGCCACUGUGCCCGGACCGGGGCCUCUUUCUACUGCCUUUGCCCCUCGGGAUGGAGCGGCCGCCUCUGCGACAUCCAGAGUCUACCCUGCAGAGAGGCUGCAGCCCAAAUCGGGGUGCCUCUGGAGCAGCUGUGUCAGGCUGGUGGGCAGUGCGUGGACAAGGACAGCUCCCACUACUGCGUGUGCCCAGAGGGCCACACAGGCAGUCACUGUGAGCAGGAGGUGGACCCCUGCUUGGCUCAGCCCUGCCAGCAUGGGGGCACCUGCCGAGGCUACAUGGGAGGUUAUGUGUGCGAGUGUCCAGCUGGCUACACUAGUGACAACUGUGAGGAUGACAUGGACGAGUGUGCCUCCCAGCCCUGCCAGCAUGGGGGCGUCUGCAUUGACCUUGUGGCCCGCUAUCUCUGCUCGUGUCCUCCAGGAACGCUGGGCGUGCUCUGCGAGAUUAAUGAGGAUGACUGUGGCCCAGGCCCACCCCUGGACCCGGGCCCCCGGUGCCUGCACAAUGGUACCUGUGUGGACCUGGUGGGUGGCUUCCGCUGCACCUGCCCCCCGGGAUACACCGGCCUGCGCUGUGAGGCGGACAUCAAUGAGUGUCGUCCAGGUGCCUGCCAUGCGGCACAUACCCGGGACUGCUUGCAGGACCCAGGUGGGGGCUUCCACUGCCUUUGUCAUGCCGGCUUCACAGGUCCCCACUGUCAGACCGUCUUGUCUCCCUGUGAGUCGCAGCCAUGCCAGCAUGGAGGCCAGUGCCACCCCAACCCCGGUGCUGGGGGAGCUCUGACUUUCUCUUGCCACUGUGUCCCGCCGUUCUCCGGCCCGCGCUGCGAGCGGGUGGCACGUUCCUGCUGGGAGUUGCAGUGCCCCGUGGGCGUCCCGUGCCAGCAGACGGUCCGUGGACCGCGCUGCGCCUGUCCCCCGGGGCUGUCGGGUCCCGCCUGCCGGGGUUCCCGGGGGUCGACACUGGGAGCCGCCAAUGCCAGCUGCGUGACCUCCCCCUGCCUCCACGGGGGCUCCUGCCGCCCGGAGACGCUGGCGCCCUUCUUCCGCUGCGCGUGCGCGUCAGGCUGGGCUGGGCCGCGCUGUGAGAUACCUGCAGCGGUGCCCGAGGCCCCCGAGGAGCCGUCUUGCCCGAGAGCCGCCUGCGAGGCCAAAAGCGGCGACAAGCGCUGUGACCGGGAGUGCAACAGCCCAGGCUGCGGCUGGGAUGGCGGCGACUGCUCGCUGAGCGUGAGCGAUCCCUGGCGGCAGUGUGCGGCGUUGCAGUGCUGGCUCCUCUUCAACAACAGCCGCUGCGACCCCGCCUGCAGCUCGCCCGCCUGCCUCUAUGACAACUUCGACUGCCGCGCAGGCGGCCGGGAGCGCACCUGCAACCCGGUGUAUGAGAAGUACUGCGCGGACCACUUUGCCGACGGCCGCUGCGACCAGGGCUGCAACACAGAGGAGUGCGGUUGGGAUGGACUGGACUGUGCGGGUGAGGUGCCAGCUCUGCUGGCCCGAGGUGUCCUGGUGCUCACUGUGCUGCUGCCGCCGGAGGAGCUGCUGCGCUCCAGUGCCGACUUCCUGCAGCGGCUCAGUGGCAUCCUGCGCACCUCUCUGCGCUUCCGUCUGGAUGAGAACGGCCAGGCUAUGGUCUUCCCUUACCACCGGCCUGGCCCUGGCUCCGAAUCCCGGAAUCGGCGGGAGCUGGCCCCUGAGGUGAUCGGCUCUGUGGUGAUGCUGGAGAUUGACAACCGUCUGUGCCUGCAGUCGCCUGAGAAUGACCACUGUUUUCCCGACGCCCAGAGUGCGGCAGACUAUCUGGGAGCCUUGUCAGCGGUGGAGCGCCUUGACUUCCCGUACCCACUGCGGGCGGCACGGGGGGAACCGCUGGAGCUGCCGGAACCGAGCGUGCCGCUACUGCCCCUGCUGGCUGCGAGCGCCGUCUUCCUGCUGGUCAUUCUCGUCCUGGGCGUCAUGGUGGCCCGCCGCAAGCGUGAGCACAGCACCCUCUGGUUCCCCGAGGGCUUCGCGCUGCACAAGGAUGCUGCAGCUGGCCACAAGGGCAGGCGGGAACCCGUGGGCCAAGACGCUCUGGGCAUGAAGAACAUGGCCAAGGGUGAGAGUCUGAUGGGGGAGGUGGCCACAGACUGGAUGGACACAGAGUGCCCGGAGGCCAAGCGACUGAAGGUAGAGGAGCCUGGCGUGGGAGCUGAGGAUGCCGUGGAUUGCCGCCAGUGGACUCAACACCACCUGGUUGCUGCCGACAUCCGCGUGGCACCAGCCAUGGCAUUGACGCCACCACAGGGCGAUGCAGAUGCUGAUGGCAUGGAUGUCAACGUGCGUGGUCCAGAUGGCUUCACCCCGCUAAUGCUGGCCUCCUUCUGCGGGGGGGCCCUGGAAGCAAUCCCAGCUGAUGAGGACGAGGCAGAAGACACAUCAGCCAGCAUCAUCUCAGACCUUAUCUGCCAGGGGGCACAGCUUGGGGCUCGGACCGACCGCACGGGUGAGACGGCCCUGCACCUGGCUGCCCGCUAUGCCCGGGCUGAUGCGGCCAAGCGGCUGCUGGAUGCGGGGGCAGACACCAAUGCCCAGGACCACUCAGGCCGCACCCCCCUGCACACAGCCGUCACUGCUGAUGCCCAGGGCGUUUUCCAGAUUCUCAUCCGGAACCGCUCCACAGACCUGGAUGCCCGCAUGGCAGACGGCUCCACAGCACUGAUCCUGGCGGCCCGCCUGGCAGUGGAGGGCAUGGUGGAAGAGCUCAUCGCCAGCCAUGCUGAUGUCAAUGCUGUGGAUGAACUCGGAAAAUCAGCCUUACACUGGGCUGCAGCUGUCAACAACGUCGAGGCCACCUUGGCCCUGCUCAAAAAUGGAGCUAACAAAGACAUGCAAGAUAGCAAGGAGGAGACUCCGCUGUUCCUGGCCGCCAGGGAGGGCAGCUUUGAGGCUGCCAAGCUGCUGCUGGACCACUUUGCCAACCGUGAGAUCACAGACCACCUGGACAGGCUGCCCCGGGAUGUGGCCCAGGAGCGGCUGCACCAGGACAUCGUGCGCUUGCUAGACCAGCCCAGUGGGCCCCGUAGCCCCCCUGGCCCCCACGGCCUGGGGCCCUUGCUCUGUCCGCCCGGGGCCUUCCUCCCAGGCCUCAAGGUGGCACAGUCCGGGGGCAAGAAGAGCCGGAGGCCUCCUGGGAAGGCGGGGCUGGGGCCUCAGGGCACCCGGGGGCGGGGCAAGAAGCUGACCCUGGCCUGCCCCGGGCCCUUGGCCGAGAGCUCGGUCACGCUCUCGCCGGUGGACUCGCUGGACUCCCCACGGCCCUUUGGUGGCCCCCCCGCGUCCCCUGGCGGCUUCCCCCUCGAGGGGCCCUACGCGGCUGCCGCGGCCACAGCCGUGUCUCUGGCACAGCUCGGUGGCGCAGGCCGGGCAGGUCUCGGGCGCCAGCCCCCCGGGGGCUGUGUGCUCAGCCUGGGCCUGCUGAACCCCGUGGCCGUCCCCCUCGACUGGGCCCGGCUGCCCCCACCUGCCCCCCCAGGUCCCUCUUUCCUGCUGCCGCUGGCCCCGGGACCCCAGCUGCUGAACCCCGGGAACCCCGUGUCCCCCCAGGAGCGGCCCCCACCGUACCUGGCAGCCCCAGGACAUGGCGAUGAGUUCCCCGCGGCCGGGGCCCACAGCAGCCCCCCAAAGGCCCGCUUCCUGCGGGUCCCCAGCGAGCACCCUUACCUGACCCCAUCCCCAGAGUCCCCCGAGCACUGGGCCAGCCCCUCACCUCCCUCACUCUCGGACUGGUCCGACUCCACGCCCAGCCCGGCCACUGCCACCGGGGCCACGGCCGCUGGGACACUGUCUGCCCAGCCGCUCCCCCUGUCGGUCCCUGGCCCUCUUGCUCAGUCCCAGACCCAGCUAGGGUCCCAGCCUGAAGUCACCCCCAAGAGGCAAGUGUUGGCCUGAGGGCUGCACAGUUCCUAGAUUUGGGGAGGCUGUAGAGACACCCCAUCCUGCUUCCUCUCUGUCUCCCCUUUUAGUCAUUUCAUUCUCUCUAAUCUCUUCUCCUGCACCCCACCCUCCUUGCAGCGUGACCAAGACAGGUCACAAGCCUAGGGCUUCAGUCUUCCUUUAUUUAUAAGGGGUGCAGGCUGACCCCCACCCUUUGGGUCUUGUGGUGAGUCUGGGACAUGCUCCUGCCUCUCCCCUCUUCCUGGGGCCACCGCCCCUCCAAUUCUCUCCUGCUUUCUUGCCUCCUCUGGCCUCUCUCACUCAUGUUCUGACACAGGUGGAUUAUUAUUAUUAUUUUUUUUUACAUUUUGUAUAGAAACAAAUUCAUUUAAACAAACAUUAUUAUUAUUAUUUUUUACAAAAUAUAUAUAUGGAGACGCUCCCUGCCCCCUGCAAACCCCCCAGUGCCCCCGUGGGGCUGAGUCUGUGGGCCCAUUUGGCCAAGCUGGAUUCUGUGUACCAAGUACACAGGCAUGACCGGGAUCCUGUGUACCAAGUACACGACCCUGGUGUGUACCAAGUAGGCACCCUUGGGCGAACCCUCUGGGGCUAGGGGUCGGGUGAGACUUGGGAGCCUUCUCCCCACCCCACCUCCCUCACUUCACUGCAUUCCAGAUGCAACUUAUUCUAUAGCUUUGCUGGGGGAAGUGCCCUUCUGGCCUGGAGAGCCUGUCCCCAAGCCCCCCCUCACAGAGUGUGGGCCACCUCCCUUUGGGAACUGGGGGGUGGGGUGGCCGGUGGGAAUAUGAGGACCAGGGGAGACACGUGCAUUUUACUUUGUCUCCCUGUAAAUAUGGGCCUGCAGGGAGGAAAGGAGCUGCCUGCGUGGUACCUCCUCCUGGUACUCCCCUGGCCCAGCCCCAGGGCAGAAUAGAAGUAUUUGUAGGCUAUUUUUGUAAUAUAGCUUCUGGUCACAGUCCUUGUGUAGGUAAAUUCCCAGGCCUUGCAUUGUACAGCCCCCUUUCCCCUCACCACCUAAUAAAGGAAUAGU